UCUUAAUCGAGCAGUUGUCUAUUAAUUCCGUAAAAGUUGAUAAAGAUGGGAUUAUUUAAGAACAUUUUUCCAAGUUCGAUUGGACUGCAGACCUACUUGCUUAUACUAACUUUUACCCUUAGCGGUGCAAGGGAACGGAAAGUAAUCAUUAAUUGCCAACGUGAUGACAUAACUUGCCAUGCGAAUCUCAUGAAGUCGACCAUGAACUUUAGUGUUUCACCGUGUGACAAUUUCUUCGAGUAUGCUUGUGGUAAUCACCGGAACCUCGAACCGAACCGAUACUCCGUUUCAGACAACUUAUUCGCGUCGAACUUCGCACUGGAUGAGAUCACGAAGGAUUUAGUCGAAAGGAUGGAUCUGGCGGAGUCACUAAAUGUGUCCAGGGAACUAAGGUUGGCCCAACGAUUCUAUAAUGCCUGCCUAGAAGCUGAUCUCCAUCACUUUCCUGCCUCUGAUCCCAAUUACCUGAGGAUCAUUCGCUCGAUCGGUGGUUUUCCCGCCGUCGAUGGUGCCGCCUGGAAUGCCUCCAAUUUCAGCUGGGUGAACAUGAGCGCCUAUCUCUCUCUUUACGGGGCGAGGGGCCUGUUCGUUGAGGCACCAGUUAAUGGAAUUAAACCCUAUUUGGAGCCGGAUAAUCUGGGCUUUGACUUCUUCGUUCAAUUGGACAACGUUAAGAAGCACUUCUCCCGCGCCCACAAAGUCAACAAGGAGCGCAUGCGCGGCUACCUAAGAUCCUUUAACCUGAAAGAGGAUAAAAUCGCAGAGGUGAUCGACGGUGUUUUUUUAUUCUGGCAUGAGGCACUAGUGGCCAGUGAAAUAACCAAUAAUUCCGCCUCUGGGAACUUUGACUUAGACAAUUAUUAUAAGAUAGCCUGGAAGACCGAAGAAGGAAACCCAUGGGCCACCAGCUACAACUUUUCGGAAUUAGACAAGGUGUGUGCCCGGCAUCCGGAAGCUGUGGCCAAUUACCUCGCCAUGCGGCUACUGUACACAUUCGACGCCAAACUGAAGGAUAUUACGUACCAACGGGAUUAUUGCGCUUCGAGGAUACGGACCACCAUGCCGGACCUCUUCACCAAACUCUAUUAUGCGGAGCACUUACCGGAUGAAAAAGGGCUGCAAGUGUCUGAGGUCUUUCUGAAUAUAUUCAAAAGCCAGAAAAAGUUUGUGGAGAAAGUCGAAUGGUUGGACUCGGAUACUCGUCAGAAGUUACUAGAAGAGAAAAAUCAUGCUCAGUUUAACUUCCACCAAAAAAACGAUACCUCACUUGACGAUCGUCUGAAUCAAGAGAUUCUACGCCUAGAAGUGGUCGACGAUGAUUACCCGCGGACCAAUAUCAAUUGGCAGCGCCUCAAAAUCGAGAUCGGUAGAAUGUCCGAAUUUAGCUACAUCAAUUCGCAGGAGCAGCCAUAUGGGUUGAUGGUGUCACAUUCCGGAGAUACUCGUAAUGCAACACUUUAUCUCUUUCCCCUCGCCCUUCAUCCACCAGUUUACCUAAAUCCUUGGGCGCGCUCCCUGAAAUUCGGAACCUUUGGUUUUUGGCUUGGCGCCCUUCUCACGCAAUCCGUGUUCAUUAGAUCGUGGGGAGCAAAACUGGAUCCGCUUUAUAAGGAGCGUAGCGAGUGCCAAGUGGAUCAGUAUCACAAUAAAAACCUGAGAACGAAGGAUCUACGCCAUUUGCGACUAUUUAUCAACAACGGCGGAUUGCGGCUGGCAUUUCAGGCCCACCAUAGCUACAGGGAGCAGCUUCUGCAGGAUCAGGAUCCUGGCCAGAAUAUCACCAGUCCAGAUGAGAUGCCAGGCCUCGAUCUGUCGCCGGAUCAGCUCUUCUUUCUGGGAUACACCCAGAUGUUUUGUAUCUCCAAAAAGAAGGAGGCCAAGUACUGGGCUCUGGAUGCCCUGUCCAACAACGAGGAUUUCCACAAAGCCUUCAACUGUCCCGUGGGCAGUGGCAUGCGUCCUACGGCCAAAACUUGCGGCCUUUGGUAAUCUGUCCUUAUUGGCGCCUGUAUAUAUGGAAUUUUAGGAACCUGGAAUAGAAUAUAAA